AUGGCCACGGCGAUCAUCCGCGACUCUCAGUUCGGGCAGGUCGUCCGCCUUCUCACCAACCGUCGCGUCUUCAAGUAUCCCGAGGAAACCAGCGACGAGACAUGCAAGAACUACCUAGUGCGCAAGGGUCUUGUCGAUGAAGAAAAUCAGCAGAACAUCUGGGGUCUUUAUACUUUUGUGUCGGCAUGUUUGACAAACCAAGAACAUGGCGAGGACGAGAAGGAGAAAGAGCCUAAUCCCAACCUUGUAACAUGGAUCGGUCCCGAGGACCCCGAGAACCCUCAGUAUUGGCCCCUGGCCAGAAAGGUGUGGACGACUUUGAUGAUCUUCCUGCUCACCUUUUCGGUCUAUCUGGGCUCCUCGAUCUACUCGCCCGGUGUCACCAGCGUGGUCCAGGACUUUGGUGUCAGCCAGGUCGCGGCGACGCUGGGACUUAGUUUAUUCGUUGCGGGCUAUGGUCUAGGCCCAAUGGUUUGGUCACCACUUUCCGAAAUCCCCGCCAUCGGCCGAAACCCCGUCUACAUCUACACCCUCCUCGUCUUUACCUUCUUUCAAUUUGCGGUCAUAUAUGCAAAGAACUUCGGAAUGCUGCUCGCCUUCCGUUUUCUUACCGGAUUUCUAGGCUCCCCAGUCCUAGCUACGGGCGGCGCCUCUCUAGGCGAUAUCUGGCAUCCCAUAAUCCGAGACUACAUGAUCGCCGUCUGGGGCGCCAUUGCAAUCGCUGCACCUGUUGUAGGGCCCUUGAUUGGCGGCUUCGCGUCGAUGUCAAAGGGAUGGACAUGGACGAUCUGGGAACUCCUCUGGCUAUCAGGGUUUACCCUAGUGCUCCUCUUCAUCGCUUUGCCAGAGACAUACGCGCCCAACAUCCUCAGCCGACGAGCAAAACGCCUGCGCCGGGUGACAGGAAUGAAGGAUCUCACAACCGAAGCGGAGGCCGAGUUCUCCGGAACACCCAAGCAGCGCAUCCUCUUCGAAACCCUCCUCCGCCCCUUCAUGCUUUGCUUCACCGAACCCAUCGUCCUAGUCCUAAACAUCUACAUCUCCCUCAUCUACGGCAUCUUCUACCUCUGGUUCGAAGCCUUCCCCAUCGUCUUCGAGGAAAUCCACGGCUUCAACCUCGGCGAAGGCGGCCUCUCCUUCCUAGGCAUCCUGGUCGCCUGCUACGCCAUGGCCAUCCCCCUCUACUGCGGCUGGAAGUACUUCUUCCAGCGCAAGCACUACUCUGAAUCCGGAGACAUCGCGCCCGAAAAGCAACUCCCCCCCGCGGCGCUCGGCUGCAUCCUCCUCCCCAUCUCGCUCUUCUUCUUCGGCUGGACAGGCAACUACGCCUCCAUCCACUGGAUCGUCCCCAUCGUCGCGAGCAUGUUCUUCGCCCUGGGUAGCUGUCUCAUAUUCUACUGUAUCUUCACGUACCUGAUGGGUGCGUAUCCGCGGUAUGCGGCGAGUGUGCUCGCGGGCAAUGAUUUCAUGCGCUCGAGCUUCGGCGCGGGCUUUCCUAUCUUCGCGAGCGCCAUGUUCCAUAACCUUGGUGUGAACUGGGCCUGCUAA